GACGGUUCCUAUCGCCUCACCGCAUUGCCACCUCCAACCCCUCCCCUGAUCACAGGGUGACGUCUCCUCGUCCUCGUCCUCGUCCCCGCCACCUCGCCGCGCCGCUCACCUCUCACCCUAGCCCCUCGACCCCGCCCUCCCCUAACAUCAGGGUGACGGUGAAGCUCCGCAGCGACACGACAACGUCUCCGCCGCUAGCCCCACCCAGCCGCUAUCUCCCACUGCCCUGGUGGCACUGUUGUCUCGUUCAUCAACAUCGCCGUGUCACGCCUGCCGUCUCGAAAAACCCUUCUAAGGCCGCCAGGGAAGAGAUCUCAUUAUCUCAAAACCCUAAUGUUGAUGAGCUUCUCAUAUAAGACGUCGGCGAGCUACUCGUCGAAACCCUAGCGUCAUCGGCGGUGCAGCGCGAGGGCCCGCCCGGCUCCGCGCGACCUGUCUUCUGUCAGAUUUUGCGUUCAGAGAGUGGCUGAGUGAUCGAUCAGUGAGUGCUACUCCGUAUUUCACAGAUGUGCCGAGGGCCGACCAUUGGCAAGCGCCAGGUGGUCAACGGCCCCGGGCACUUUUCCUACCAGACGCAGAGGCAGAGCAGGGAUCCAGUUCCGAACCAACCCAUGGCCGCCGCCGCCGCCGUCGCCGUCGCGACCGGUGCCAGCGACUGGACCAUAGUCCGCCGACGCGGCCGCCGACGCGGCGACGACCCACGCCCCGCCUCCCAGCUCGACGCCCCGCGGCCGCUCCCCGUGAUACCUGUCCCCUGGUCCCCCUCCGAUUCCUCCCUCGAUCCCGCCCGCGUCUCCCGCCUCGUGGCGCGCGCCCACGCCGCCAUCUCCCGCGUCUCCGCCUCCCGCCUCUACCGCAGCCUCCUGCUCCAGGGCUCGUCGCUCCGCAGCCGCCUCGGCGUCCUCGCCCCCGCCCGCCUCUCCCUCCUCGGCGUCGGCAGCUUCGAGUCCUCCCCCGCCGCGCGCCUCCAGCUCGCGCUCGCCGCCCUCCUCCGCCGCGACCUCCUCCCGGAGGCCGCCUCCGCGGACCUCUUCGACCCCGUCCUCUCCGCCGUCGAGUGCGCGGCCGCCGCGGCGCUCGGCUUCUCCGUCCCGAGCCUCGACGACGGGUGCCGCCGCCGCGCCGAGGAGCCCACGCUCUUCUACAUGCCCCACUGCGAGGCGUCGCUCUAUGACGCGCUCCUCGCUGCCAACUGGGAUUCCCCCGCGCAGCUGCGCCGCGUCUGCGUACUCGGCAACAGCUUCCGGCGGUAUGCGCUCCAGGCCGAGGAGAACCGCUCGGGCCCCGCCGCCAAGGCUCCGCACGUCCUCGCGGCGGAGCGGUUUGCGUGCGAGGAGCGGAUCGGCGAGACGGGGGAUCUGGAUGACGACGAUUGGUUUGCCCACGCGUUCAACGAGACGAGCUGGCAUUUCUUCCAGCUGCACGACGACGUCGACUUGGCCGGCACCAUGCUGGAGGAAGGAGAUAAGUUCAUUGAGCAGAUUUGAUCUUUUAGUUGGAUAUAUUGCGUUGCUUGAUUGAAUGCAAUGUUGAUCAAGAUUCUAAAUUUGUAGACAUACUGGCUCCAAUUCGAAGGAGCACUGUAGAUGCCAAGUUGCCAACUAGGUGCUCAAGGAACACAUGAUUAUCACUACCUACACACUGUGAUCUUCUAAGAGUGGAAAUCGCCUCCUAAUGACUGAUGAGGACACCAUGUUCUCCCCACGCCGUCUCAUCCCAUCACCAUGCGACUGCCAUUUCCAUGAGGCCACAUCUACGUGGAAGAGACAAUGACCAGUAGAUGAAUGGAUGUCAGAGUCACUAGGCAACAAUUUGGAACCAAUAAGCAAGCACUCCCAAAUUGAAUCAUCCGAGAAAGUUCAAUCAUGGACUGCAUCAAGCUGUCUAAGUGCUGCCAUCUGAAACCUACUCUCCAAUUCUCCAAAUUGUGGUUUCCUGGGAGUCAAACAAUCCCUUGCUUGGAGGAGGUUCUGAUCACUUUGUGCUCACCUACCAAUGCUGAACAGAAGCUGAGCACUGGAGUCGAAAUGUGAAGUACAUUUGUGAAGCUGCAGACCAUGGUCAUCAGAUUCUCACAAAUGAAGGAUUGCCAUGAAGCUGCUGCUGAUUUCUUUGAGGAGAUAUGUAAGUUCAAGUACAAGAACUACGGGGUAAUUAUAAAUUGAAGGCCAUAAUUCUCAUACGGAGUUUAAAUUAAAGGUUUCGCACCUGCAUUUUCGAUUAUUUCAGCGAUGGCUACACAAUGGUCGGGGUCAUACGUGAUUCCAGUUGUGUCCCGUAUAGCGCUGUCAAUUUUGAUCAUGAACAAUUUUCUUUGUAACAUUAUUUUCCCUCCUCGAGGACCAUUUACCCGCUUGCGAUUGCGAGACGUGAGCUUGACGGUCACGACUUGGUUUUGUUACCUUUGCUUGAUUGCUUGA